AGCAGAUGGAAGAUUGUGACGCUGACAGACACGCGCAGAACUUUCGCUAGUUCGCUAGCUAGCUAAUGUUAUCUCCUGUGAAAGAAGGGAAUCGCACUUAAAAUACAUGCUUUUUUUCGCUUUUGUCACUGCUACAUCACAGAAGUGACUGGCUACCGGUUGAUCGAUAAGUGCCCUCAUAGAUUGUUUUGAUCUGCAGAGGGGUUCGAGGAUACGUUGCUGACGAGCUAGGAGCUAGUCUGCUAAAAUAUUGGAUGAAGACACUUGCCAACGUUACUUAGCAAGUCAGCAGACGUAUGUUCUCAAUUUUUGGAUUAACAGACACUGCCCAAGCUGAAGAUUCGUUAGGUAACGUUACUCUAACUUAGCUAGAAAGCGGAGAACUCAAAGCAUAACGGUGAUCCUAGUUACACGUCGCCGUUGCUGUCUCUUCCCCCGACCGGGGCUGCAGCUCCGGAGAGCCGGGGAAAACGCACCACUAACGCCGCCUCUUGGGCGAUAAUGCUUGAAAUUAUGGACGAGCAUCAAGAUCCAAUACGGAAAUGCAAAACGGAGCCUUUGCCUCUGGAAAAGAGGAAGAGGACGGUGGAAGACUUCAACAAGUUCUGCAGCUUUGUCCUAGCCUAUGCUGGCUACAUUCCUUCUCCUGAAGAGGAAAGCCAGUGGUCGCCAUCUUCCUCCAGUUCUCCACUUGGCUCUGGUGCUUCAGGGGAUGGGGGCGCCAGCUCCAUGGGGGGCAAUUGGGAGGAGGGCGGCAGCUCCAACCUCCGAACCAUCCGGACGUUUGUCCAAAAGGCCCGUGCUAACAAGGGGAAAGGUCUCAGCCGCCUGCACUCCAACGGCUUCCUCCUGGAGAAGAUGCGUCUGAAAGACUCACUGUUCGAGGGUCAGACGAGGACCAAGGCAGAGCGCAAGAAGGAGAGGAAGCUAAAAAAGCUCUCGCUGGGCACGGGAGGAGGUGUGCACGAGGGGCGUCAUGCCGGUGAGAAAAGGGCAACAAUGAAGCACAGCAAAAUUCCCAAGGGGGCAAAAUCUGUGAAGAAACUGAAACACUCGGACAAGCUCCAGGCGUACUCUGAGACGGGCCCCACCCAAACGGGGGAGCGUGUUCUGGGAGAGGGACUGAAGGAGGAGGAAGAGGAGGGUGUGCGGAACGUGCGGCUUGUGGAGGCACUGAGGGAGGAAUCCACCAGAGAGGCAGAGAUGAGCUCCAGUGAGGCUGAGACCUGGAUUGCGGAUGAGGACAUUAUGGUAGAGUCUGGUGAUGACUCGUGGGACUUGAUCACGUGUUACUGUGGGAAACCCUUUGCGGGACGGCCGAUGAUUGAAUGCAAUCAGUGUGGGAUUUGGGUGCACCUCUCCUGUGCCAAGAUAAAGAAGUCGAAUGUACCUGAUAUCUUCUUCUGCCACAAGUGCAGGGACUGUCGCCAGGACCGGCGGUCUGGGCCGAAGAAGGACCCCUAAAACUGUGCGGGAUAAAGGCUGUCUUCCUGCAUUGCUCACUCUAGACAUCCUUUCUCUGUGUUCUGAGAGAGCUAUGUUUCUGAAAAACCUUUCUCAGUCAGGCAAAGAUUACUUCGGAGAUACACAAUGACUAUGUAUACUCCCGCUUCUGUUUGUCCAAUGCCCUCUACACAUCUUGGAUGGAUGACAAGCCACCACUGCCAUUUCUAAACAAGUUGACACCAAGACACCAUGGUCCAACCAGUCCUUGACUGAAUGCAAUCAAUUUACACAGGGAGAACAAACUAAGCAGCCAUUUUGCAGCCCAGUUUUUAUUAAUGUUUUUUCUCAAACCUCCCUCCUCUUCAAACACAGUAACAUCUGCAAUGGCUGCAUGGAAGGCAAAAUUGUGCUUUGCCCAUUUAUUUGGACUAAUGGUAUGAUUUAAAUGAGUUAUUUUCCAAAAGAACCUUGUUUGAAAUGUGAGGCUAACUGACUUGCAUUGUCAUUUGAAUGUGUUAUGCUGUCAGCCCUGCAUGUUAAAUUCCAUUGAUUUAUUUUGUUUUUGUUUUAAUAUAACUGCUUACAUUUGUUUCUGUAUUGAAUGGUGAAAGUGCCAUCUUUAACUUUUCCACUGCAGUGAUUACUUCACAUGGAAGCUCAAGUCAUCCUCAAAUUUAACCCAUUCCUGCUCUCUGAUUGGCUCACUAUUCAAAGGGUCUUCUCCAUUUGGUUCACCAUGAUUAUAUAAGUAAAACGGUCCAUAAAUACACCCAUGACCAACUGGCAUGCCAUAUUUUGCAGCUUUAUUUGUAUUUAGUCCGGAAUUGACAGUCUUUAUAGAUAGGAAUUAGCAUUAUGGGCAGUGUCAUCUCUAAACUGGGGGAAAAAAGCUAAGCAGUAGGACCAUGACCUUUUGUACCUUCAACACAGGGUUAAACAGUUUAGCCUGCGUUGUACUGAGCAGCUCCAACAGACUACCACUGAUGUUUCUAUGAGAUUGUUUUUGUGCCUUUUUCUGUGUGUGCAUAAUGAUGCAUUGUUAGGGCCCUGUCACUAACUUAUGGCACUUAAAGUGGAAAUCGAGCUUCAAUUAAACCUGUAACAUAUAGUACUGGGUUAUAUUGCCGUUUGUGUGAACCAGCAGAAUCUCUCAUUUCCAUGGUGUGAGAACCCUGUCAUUGCACACAAAUGUUGCCACCAUUCUGAAGAAUCUGACUGUAAAAAGGGGCUGUCCAGUUCUGCCACUUCCAUUCCUAUUAUCUGGCUACUAACCCCAAGGUCAUCUCAAGCUGAAACAACGGAAGCAUAACUUAAAUGUGUGUUAAGUGAAGGCACAGAGUGGCUCAUUUGAAUGGUUGUGGGGUUUUUUUCUUUUUGGGGGGGAUUGUUUGAAUUGCUGCUGUUGAGAUGUGUUGAAGGAAAUUGGUUGCUGGUCUGAAAUACCCCUCAAAUUUUAUGUAUUUCUGCACAUGCCAAGGCUCUAUUCAAGUUGACAGUAUUAGAACAGCUUCUAAUAACUAAGUCAUUUUAAGAACGGAAUUCAAAUUAACUUCAGAAAUUAGAAUAUAUAUUUGGCUCUCGGUAUGAUUAAUAUUUUUGUGACCAUUCCUUGCCUUCCAGUAAUUUCAUGUUAUGUUAUAGGUUUAUAGAAUGCCAGAGCAACUACAAGUCUUAACUGGUGUUGCAUAACUUGACUUUAAUACAAGUACAAGUACUAAUGGCUGCAGUUUGGCCAACUUUGCACUACAAUUUCUUAUUACAUUGUCUCAAAACAAGGAUGUGUAAGAUGAUAUUUUAAACGUUUUCUUAUUUUAAGAAAAAAUUAUGACCCCAAUUUUCCUCUCGCAGUCUUCAGCAUUCUGUAAGGGGAGCCUUUUCUUAAGUUGCGUCACUUAACAAUAGAAACGUAUAAGAUGCGGUUAAGAAUCAUAUGUGAAAAUAUUUUUUUAGAAUUAGUUAUUGGCAGGAUGCAAGUCUGCUGUCGGGUGGGAAGUAUGAAGAAAGAGGAAACUAGGCUGUAAGCUUAUUUCUGUCCACGUUGGUUGUAAUUUAUUUAUUUUUUUACCUUUAUUUUCAUUUUUUUUACUUCUCUCAAAUCACUUUAAGUACAACACUAUAAUUAUACCCCCCUUUCCAAAAUAAUUUUCCCCCAGAAGAAUUGUAAAAUGUUUGUACAUUUAUCUUUGUGUGCUGACGAUACUUAGUUUUUGUGUGUUGGGUUUUAUUUUUCAUUUUAGUAUUUGGCAAACCAUAUAUGCUAACAAUGUAUACAGUGGCUUCCAAUGUAUUAGUACCCUUUGUCAAAAAUAUGAUUUAACAGAAAUAAGCUAAUAUACAAUCACUAUGUUUUCAAUGAAAAAAAAUAUUCCAAAAUGCUGCCAGCUCAAUGGAACAAUUUGUGUGUGUGUGUGUGUCUGUGUGUGUGUCUGUGUGUGUGUCUGUGUCUGUGUCUGUGUCUGUGUCUGUGUCUGUGUCUGUGUCUGUGUCUGUGUCUGUGUCUGUGUCUGUGUCUGUGUCUGUGUGUCUGAUGAGCAUGAAGACAUUAAACCUAUGCUAUGGUCCA